GGGGCUGCCGUGGGGCGGUGCUGGGCGCUGACAGCGCGGCAGGCAGCAGCCGGAGGCGGUGUGCGCUGCGUAUUAACCCGCUUCCUUCCUCAGCGGCCGGGCUGGAAGUUUAAAAAAAAAAGAAGAGAGGGAGAGAAAGAAACUUGUAGGGUCACUGGGAGGGGAAAAAAAUUCCUCGUCAUGUCUGUGGCGUCUGCGAAACCGUCCCGAGAAGGAAGAGGAGGAUCCGCUGAGCUGCGGGCGGAGGGGCGGGCGGGGAGGAGGGCUGAGGGGAGCCGGGGUGCAGGGUGUCCCCCCCCGGCUCUCCGCCCGCCCGCAGCGGGAGGGGAGGGGGGGAGCAGAAGGGGCCGGGCCGCCCCGCUCCCCCGCCCCGGGGGGUGCGCCGAGUGGCACCCCCCGUCCUCCUCCUCCUCCUCCUCCUCUUCCUCCUCCUCCCCUUAACUCGGCGGCGGCGGGCGGGGCGCUUCGCUUCGCCCUCCGCCGGCGGCGGGAUGGCCUCGGCCGUGUUCGAGGGCACUUCGCUGGUGAACAUGUACGUGCGGGGCUGCUGGGUGAACGGCAUCCGGCGACUCAUCAUCAGCCGGCGGGGCGACGAAGAGGAGUUCUACGAGAUCCGCACCGAGUGGUCGGACCGCAACAUCCUCUACCUGCACCGCAGCUAUUCCGACCUGGGCCGCCUCUUCAAGCGCCUCCUCGACUCCUUCCCCGAGGAUCGGCCCGAGCUCUCCCGCUCCCCUUUGCUCCAAGGUCCGGGAACGGCUUCGCCUCUCCCCCCUUCGGGUGUCCCCGGGGAGGGCAGCGGGCGGGGGGCGGGACGGGACGGGACGGGGCAGGACGGGGAGGCGGCCUUUCGCGGUCGGAAACUCCUCCCGGGCCGUUGAUUCCCAAUGCGCCGUUUUUAUUAUUAUUAUGGAUUCUGCGGGCGUUAAUUCCCUGCCCCUCAGUGCCUCCGGGGUGAAGGGAGAAGGGCUGCGGCGGGCAGCCUCCGCUUGUUGUUUGCCACGGGGACCGGGGGGAGAAAAAAAAAGAAAGAAAGAAAGAGAAAAGAGGCUGCGUCGCUUGGCAGUGGUGGGAGCGAGCGCAAUUCCUCGCAUAACUUUGUGCGAAGCCAGGAUUGCAGAGCAGUCCGCGCCGCGCUCCUUCUCCCUUUUGGUUUCCGAAGGAGGUGACGCAGCCCGGGGGUGCGAACAGCGCUCGGGAGGGUCGGGGAGCCGUCCGCCGCUUUGGGGCCGCUUUUAAUGCGUUUGACGUUGGGGGAGUAUUUUCGAUGACAACGCUUUGCUUUGCGAUGAAUUAUUACAAGCGCGUCGGGCGGCGCGGAGCAUCUAUCUUGUAGAUCCAUGUGCGCUUUUCCAGUCUCCCCAGCCGGCCGGGUAGUUCGGUUGAACGGGAGCGGGGAGAAGCCGGUAUCCGAUGUACGAUUUCCUCAGGGAGAAGCUGGGGAAGCUCUCCACCGAGUCUCGCCCCUCGCCGUCCGGGGGCUGCGGCACCCCGCGCAUCGGGGAUUGAAUGGGGCAGAGCGGACCCCGCUCCGUGCCGGGUUCCGGCGCAUCCCGAGGCGGCGACAUCGCCCCGGCGGCACUGCGGUGCCGGCUGCCCUCUGCAGGCGGCCGGGGCUGGGGUUCGGUCCCCGCUGUUCCCCUGCCGAGGCAGCCCGUAGCCCUUUUCGCCGCUCUUAAGUGGUUCCAAAGUUUGCUUUUGCAAAUUAUAAAAGAGAAAGUAUCUUCUUAUUCCUUCCUAAGACUCGGAGCCGGCAACCUUCACCCACCUUUCCCUAGGGAGCGGGCCCCGGUAGGAUCUGCAGUGAGCAAAGCCAGGGUUUGAAAAAUGGGAAGCUAAUAGAAGCAGAUGGUAAUCUAUUCAGCCUGGAGAGGUGGUGGGGGUUCUCUCUGCAGCAGAGUCAGAAUACAGUCAGGAGUGGCUUCUCAGCAGUCGCCGCAUGCUUCACAAUUUCAGUAAUACUCCUUGAAAUGAAGCUGCUCCUGUGCUAAGGAAAAUGACUUUGCUGAGUGUGCUUGUGUUCUGAAGUGACUGCCCACACCCUGUUUAACUACACGAUGCUGGGACACAGAACCAUAGAACCAUGCAAUCAUUGAGGUUGGAAAAGGCUUCUAAGAUCAUCCAGUCUACCUGUCUACCUGCCACCAUUAUUGCUCACUAACCCAUGUCCCAAAG